AUGGCGUCCCUCACGGAAUUAUCUUCGCAUGAGCGGACUCGUGUUGAAGAUUAUCUAAAUGACAAAAUUCAGGUUUCUGCCGAUUUGGAGAGUCUAGAUUCGCUGCUAUCUAAUCUACGCGCGCAACAGGAGCUUCAGCGGAAACAGCUAGCAGAAGCCAGCGAAGCACUCUCAAAUGCGACAAAAGCCUCUAACGACCAUGCUGAAGCCACUCGAAAGCAAGCCGAGGCAUUCACCGCGGAGCAAGCGGACAUCGACCGACGAUUAAUGGCCAUCACACAAUCUGAAAGCAGUGAUGAGGCGGUGCGGAGUCUGGAAAAGAGCAUGGAGAAGCUCCAGCGGCUUGAGAUAUCCAAGGGAUAUGUGGAGUUGCUCAAGGAAGCCGAGGAAUUGAGCAAGCAAGCUUUGACAGACAUGAACUCCGAACCACGCGCCGCUUUGAAGCCGUAUGCCCGACUACGAACCAUCGUUGUACUACUCAAGGACGCCCAGCCUGCUGCCGAAGGAGCGGCCCCCCAUCUUGUUGACUACACAGACAAACUAGCCUCUGCAUUGAGACAACAGAUGAAGAAAUAUUUCGGUGACAGGUUGCAGAAAACGCUGGAAGAGAUGAAUUGGCCGACAAAACAGCUGAAUCUUACUGAUCAGAUCUUGGCCCAGUGGAGGCAAGAUGUUGAACUGUUGAUUGACUUGCAAUUACCUGAACUUCCAAGCCGUGACGCACUAGCUUCUGGGCCGAGCUUCGAGCCACCAGUCCUGUUCCCAUUAGAGGUCAUGGUGCAUCAUCUGGAACUGCGAUUCAGAUACCACUUUAGUGGAGACAAGCCAACAAACCGACUGGAUAAGCCGGAAUAUUUCCUCUCGCACAUAAUGGACCUUGCCAACCAAUUUGGCGGGUUUUUCGUCUCUUAUAUGCAGCCCAUCUUCGAUGAAAGAGCCGAAGCAGUCGGUCCAAACUUGGAAUGGAACUUUUACAACGCAUCACAUAGUUACAUUACUGCAUUACUUCCUAUGCUGAAGGAGAAGAUCAGCUUGUUCCUCCCUCAAAUCUCCAACUACCCUCAAUUGCUCAGCCACUUCAUUCAUGAACUGAUGAACUUCGAUAACGAGAUCCGGGAAACGUGGAACUACAUGCCAGGUCCAUAUGCGGACGACAAUUGGAAGGGCAUGACCUGGGAAGUGUUGACCAAACAGGGGUGGUAUGAUCGAUGGCUUCAGGUUGAGAAGGACUUUGCGUUAGCGCGAUACAAAGAUAUCAUCGACACCGCAGACAGCGGAGAAAUCGAUUACGAUGGCAUGGAGGUCACUGCAACGAAACCAACAAAAGCUGCGAUCCGCGUGAAUGACCUCCUCGAAACUAUAACAGAGCGCUAUCAGCCACUGUCGUCUUUCAGUCAGAAACUGAGAUUUCUUAUUGACAUUCAAAUUACGAUUUUCGACCAGUUCCACGAGCGUCUACAUUCUGCACUAGAGGCCUAUCUUGCAAUGACGUCGACGCUUGGACGCACUGUACAGGGAGCCGACGGGCAAGCUAGCGUCGAGGGUGUCGCUGGGCUGGAGCGGCUUUGCAGGGUUUUCGGAAGUGCCGAGUACCUCGAAAAGAAGAUGGAGGAUUGGAGCAACGAUGUGUUCUUCGUUGAGCUCUGGUCCGAGCUCCAAGAUCGGGUUCAACAAAACCGAGACAGCGGCCGCAACGUAGCUGGUACUAUGUCUGUCGCAGAGGUAGCGUCCCGUACCUCACCCGCAGUCGUAAACAACGGCGCCCACACCGCGACCUCAUCUGAUGGCGCUCUCUUCGACGAGACGGCAUCUGCCUACCGUCGUCUUCGACUUCGCUCAGAAAGUAUCAUCACAUCGACCUUGUCCUCCAAUAUCCUCGCCGUUCUGAAGCCCUACUCUCGCGUAUCUACAUGGGCAACGCUAUCAACCCCCUCCGCCACAGCGCAUGCAUCUACACUCUCGCCCACUUCCGACCUCGCCCAUGCAAUGCGCGUCUUGUCCACUCAGCUCUCUUUCCUCUCUCGGGCACUAGGGACUGCGCCUCUACGGCGAGUCUCGCGCCAACUUCUGUUGUCCAUUCAAAGCUAUAUCUGGGACAGUAUCCUGACCAAACACACCUUCUCUGAAACUGGAGCGGCCCAGCUUGCCAGCGAUGUCGACCAUCUCUGUCACGUUGUGGAUUCUGCACUUGGUCCAUCUAGCCAGUCGGGUAUCUCAUCUCGAACUAUCAAAAAGCUUCGCGAGGGACUGCGUAUUCUUUGCUUGAGUACCGCUGAGCAAGAAGGCGACGUCUCUGCAAAGGAAGACGCUGAUUUAAGAUUAUGGGAUGUGGAGAAGAGGCUGUUUAGGGACAACGAGAGUGCCCGGAGUGUGCUUGCCGAAUUGGAGAUUGACUCUCUUUCGGAAGCUGAAGCCCGGUCCGUGUUGGAACGUAGGGUCGAGAUUGGCAGUUAA